CCGACUGAUGGCUCUCCUCUUUUAACUCUGCUGUGGAAUCCGCCGAGCUUCACCUCUCUGAUGUCCAAAAUGCACCGAUCUGAUGCCACUGUGGAUGAUGCGAUACUGCGGAAAAAGGAACAGAAAGAUGUUGAGCUGGAUAAGAAAAUCAUUGCUUUGCGAAAAAAGAAUGAAGCUCUUAUGAGAAGAUACCAAGAAAUAGAAGAGGACAGGAAGCGAGCAGAGCAGGAGGGAAUGGCUGUGACCUCCAGGAGGGCCAGGCCAGAUGGGCUUACCAUCACCAUCACCAAGGCCCAUAAUGAGAAAAGAGUUGUCAGUGAGAAAUGGGGAAACUCUCCUGCUUCAGGCUUUGUGGUUGGCAGUGAGGAGGAGGAAGAUGAAGAAGCUGAUCAUUUGUUUACAUUCAGAAUGGGGAAGAGGGUACAGCUGGCAGUUACAAUGGACAAUAAAUCCAAGGGAAAGCGGGUUGUCAGUGAAAAGCGGGGACCAGAGUGUCUUGUGAGCACAGGGGAGGCCCCAGACAUCAGUGAGGAAGAAAUGGAUCAGUUGGUUGCUUUUCGAAGGGGAAGAAGAAUGCAGAUUGCAAUUACAAUGGACAAGGGCAGAGUGGAUGAAAAGAGAACAGUGGAGAGGAGGUGGUCAGAGGGUGACAAGCAUGCGGAGUGUGGUAUCAUCAGAAAGGAGAGAGGGAAAUCUCCUCAGAAGAGUCCAGGGGACAAGGGUUGCAUGCUGACUGGAAGAGAGCGAUCAGAAUACAUGCGAUGGAAGAAGGAACGGGAUCAGAUUGACCUUGAGCGGCUGGCUCGCCACAAGAAUGCAAGGGGAGAAUGGCGGCGGGCUUGGGAUGUUGAAAAAUCAGAGCGCAUGUUUGAGGAUAACAAGGAUGGGGAACCAAUCUUGGAGGGUCCACACAGCAAGAAAGGAGGAAGAAAUGCUCGAAAGUCCCAACAUCGAUCCUUACCUUCUGAAGGAAAAGGUGGAGGACAACACAGACGGAGCACCAGUGAGUCUGCUUCCAGAACAUUGCCAGUCAUGAGCAGUAAAGCCAGAGGGAAGGACAGACUGACUGGCAGAGCCAGAAGAUGGGACACCAAGGAUGGUGAAGAAAUGUCCUUUGGUAAGGAAGAGCCUGAUAAUCAGAGAUCCAUUAGCAGUGAGCAACUAAAAUAUCAAACUCUGCCCAGUGAAGAAAUAAAGGAACAACACUGCUUAGCAGGGCUUGACAAGAAUGGGAAGCCACAGGAACAUACAGUUUCUGUGCUACAAGCCAAAAGAAGUGGAGCAGGUGUGUCUGCAGGAGAAGAACUCCAGGGCAGGAGUGAAAAAGCCAGGAAAAGUCUAACCCAGGAGGUGUCUGCAGUCAACACUGAUGAGACUGAGGCAGAGCCUAAUCUCAGUAAGAGUGUAAUUGAGUCUGAUCUGUCUCCCAAGGGCAACUGUAUGAAUAGCAGUCUUUGUCAGGAAGGGAACCUGCUGAAACAGGUUUCUGGAGAUGUCCUGGAAGAGAUCAGUUCUGUAGUUUAUGAAGAUGGUUUAGAAAAAAAUGCAGACCCUAAUGGUGAAGACUGUGCAAAAAAUCUUAGUCAGUUGAUAGUUAAGGCAGAAAUAGAUGGUGGAGGAGAUCAAGGACUGUCAUCAGAAAGACAAGUGGGAGAAAUCCAAAGUGCUGGCCUCAACAAACAAAUAGUCCUGGCAAAAGAAAGUGAUGACCCCACCUGCCUUGAUGACAAGGAGAGAUCUGAGUCUCCAGGUAAAGAAGUGCCGGACAAAACUAACGGAUCUGCACAAGAAGGGACAAGAAUGAGGAGCAAGAAACAAGACCUACCUCAGCCAUGCAACCAGGAAGCACAGAACUAAUAAAGACAGAACAUUGGGCUCCCAAGAGAUUAAAGGACAACAUGCUAAACAAGCAGAGCUGCUUACAAAAGAAGAUGAGCACACUGUCUCUGCAGCCGGCUUGGCCUUCACCCUCCAGCUCUCACUUAAUACAAAACCCACAGCAAGCCACAUUUUUCUGUUUGGGAGCCAGAUGUGUCUUGAAAUUGUCUGUUCAGUUUUGGCAUCACUUCCCUAGAGCACAUCUCUGUGCCAAAGGACAGGAAAAAAGUGACAAACAAGCAGCUUUCCUGGGGAAGAAAGGAAGGAAAACAUGAACACUUUUAUUUCACAUCUAACUUUGUAGAUCCCCCCCCCCUCCACCCCCUUAUUAUCAUGGGCAUGUGACAAGCCAGUGUUUAUCAACUUUGUGCACUUUAUCUUAUUUAAACACUAAUUUUAUUUAAAAUGUAGAUUUACUUUGCAGAUAUU